AUGGAGAACGUACCGAUCGCAGAGCUUGCACCGACGAUACCGGCGUCAGAUGCGAAAGCCGUCAAAGCCAUUGUGACGCUGAUAUGGCCCUACUCAUCCUCCACGAGAAGCUGCGCGGUCCUACUGGCCGAGCAUGACUUCCGAUUACGCCAAAGGAAAGGCCAGGUUAGGGUGCGAUUUAGCGGGCGGAGUGCGAGAGCUGUCGCCGAGUCGGGGAUCGGAAUCGGAGACGAGGUUACGCUGGGUCUCUCGGGUGCAAAAUGGCUAGCAGAUGCUGGAGAGGUCAAGACACCAGGACGAAGCGUGGAUUGGGAGCUUUUGUACGGAUGCAAGCUGGCGCUGCAGGUCGUUCGGGAUGGGCAACAAAUUGCCAAUCUGAGCGUAGACGAACCUGAGCCAAUACCUGUGUUCGAGAAUCCAUCCCAAAUGCCGGCUUCUGCUAUCCCGGCCGUCGACCGCGUUAAUGGCGGCGGCACCCUAUCAUCUUGGGCUUCUCCAGCUUUUCUGAAGCGAGUACGUCUCUCAUCAGGUCCAAUACUUGAUACUCCAUACGAUCACUACGCCGAACCUGGCGGGGACACCAAGGGACAGGGCAGGAAGAGAAGACGAAAGUCAUGGAAGGAUGUGGGGAUUUGGAAAUACGCGGCAAGAACUCCCUCGCCGGAGAAGACCGACAUUGAUGAGAUGUCAGCGGAAGAGGAGGUUGAAGAAUCUGCGCAGGAAGAGGAGACUAGGGGUUCUAAAGCAGCUGCACAGCUCCCACAAAUUCCGUUGUUGGCGGAACAGAUUUCGGAGGACCAGUUCGAGCGCGAGGCGGAUAUAACCGCAGUCACACCGUCGGACAGCGAUGGGGCACACCAGAUACAGCUUGGCAUGGAGAUUGCGGGUGAUGCCACGGAGCUGAACACUGAGUCUAAUCCGCUGUCAGUUGAAGCAGCGGCAGUAGAACGCCACAUUGACGUCGUGGACUCUGAGAUGCCGCCCACGGUUCCAUGGAGCGACGACAUUCACGCCAGUGCAGAAAGCCUGACUAGGGCAACACCACCUCCUAUGCCGGACGCGCAGCUCGAUGCUGAGGACGACGGAGGAGACACAGAAGUUGACUCCGAGAUGUAUGACGUUCAACAAUCCGAGGACGAAGAUAUGACAGGAGACUCGGGCCUUAGCGGUUCCCAUGAAGACCUGGGGCAAUACUAUUCUAAUAUGGAUGAGUCGGAAUCGAGCGAAGAUGAGUUCGGCGUAGAGGAAGAGUAUGACGAACCUGAGGUGGAGAGCGAAAGAGAACUGCCAGCCCUUCAACGUCAACCGGAGGUUAUCGUCUUGAGUGAUACAGACGAGGAUCAAGAGAAAGAGGGUGUUGACGAUAACUCAAAGGCCGAGCAGGAAGUCAAUGUGGCACAUGAGGAAUCUGAAUCGGAUCGGGAGGGUAUUACGCACCAGGACCAUCAGCCUGUUAUUGCCGUUGAGGGAGUGACGGCCGUUAUGAAAGAUCCAGUCACAGUGAUGCCUCCACCUAUACUCCCCUUAUUGCAGACCAAUGUGGCCAGUGGAUCUUCGGACAUACAAAUACCUAGCGGUACACUGGAUGCACCUCGAACGCCGAUCCUGCAUCCACUGACGUCGUCCACUCUACCGCUGCCGUCUCCAUUUCCUGGGGAGUCUGAUUCCUCAGUCUCUUCUUACAUGAACCACCGCGCCAUUGCGUUCCCUAGCGUUUCAAGAGAUGCCGCGGAAAUAGGGUUAGAAGCAAUAGCGCAGCCACUGGAUUCAAGAAACGUCGGGGAGAUUGGGAAUGACCAAGUACAACAGGAUGACGACUUACACACUGGGGAUGCAUCUCCUCAGACGCGCUUCUCUCAGGCCUAUCCCUUCGGCCUUGAUGGCACGACACCCUCGCGAGAGAUAUCAAGCAUGUCUAGCCAAGGUAUGCUGGAAAAGGUGGGCAUUGUUCGCGACGAAGAAGCAGCGAGCACUCUAGGAGCGUCUCAGCGGGACGAACCCCCUCAAACGCUUCUCGAAGGGCCGAUUGAGGAGCGCUUUGAUAGAGAGCGUAAGUACCUCGCAAGUGGAGAGACUAUGGAUGUUGCUGCAGGAACCGAGGUGCAAGAGACUCCUCCUAAGCUGUUCGAGAGAGCUAGCGAGGAGCAGUCUAUUGGAGUCGAUCUGCAACCUGUACAACGUGGCACGUCUGCUCAGAGUAUGGAAGAGCUUAGUGUCAUGCCUGAAGCAACCGUCAUCGAACUGUCCUCUGGAGAGGACUCCGAUACGGGCCCUGAAGGCGAGGCAGAGGAAGAUGACUUUCCAUCUGGUCAAUCUGAAUUAGACGACCCUCGCUAUGUCUAUGAAGUUCUUGAGGAUGACACAGAAGAGGACAGCGAAGAAGAAGACGUCGAAGAUCAGGUUAGUGAAGAGCAGGACAGCUCUGUGUCUGUGGAUGAGGGAGACACUGCGCCUCAAAGUCCAACUUAUGAUUCGAUGAACAUGAAAGCGGAGCCGUACUGGGUGCCGCCGGCGUCCAGGAUUUGGGAGCCUAGUACAUUGUCCAGGGUGUACAGUCCAAUCCGGAAUGACGAGGAAAGCGCCUCCAACGCGUCUCCUAGUCAAUCAUCGGAGAGUGAAGGCGAAACACAACCGCCGGUCGACGACCCGCCGUCGUUCUUAGGAUCCAGCCCGCCAUCUCCACAACGCCAGCGUAAAACAUCUACUCAGGACCCCCCCGAUGGACAACUUCUGGCAAGCGCGUCAGCUCAAGAUGCGCUACAAGAGACUCUACCAGAGCAGGCGACACAACAAACAGUCAUCUCACGAACUACAGAGAUCAUUGACCUUGGCAGUGGCAGCGAAGAUGGUGAACCCGUCGACGACGUGGAUGACGGUGCUUUUAUGGAGACAGACCAUCCCCAUGUAACAGAAGGCGACGCUCUUUUGAGAAUAGAACACUGGGACGUGCAGAAUGAUGAUGCGCGUAAGAAAAUCAAACAUCCGGUCAAAGAUAUCCACCUGGAAGUUGUUUAUCCUGCCGCAGCAGCCUCUGAAGCCGGCACUUCUGACUUCUAUCCGCUCACGUCUUCGUCGCCCUUGCGGCCAAAUUUGAUACCGGAAGUAUUGGAUCUGUCCGGCGUCGAGCCUGACUACAUGUCGUUCAGACCGACUCCCCGCAGCAGUCAGAUCCCGCUAAGUCAACUUGCUCCGAGCUUCACACAGUCUUCGCAUCUCAGACGGGUAAUCAUCAGAGACUCUGAGGAAGGGAGUGUGGAUUCUCGACGAUCCCUAUCGACGGAACCAGAGAGAGCAAUGGGACACGAUAUCUCCAUGGAAGACGGCGAAUUCCUGGACGAGUCGCAGCAGACCGAGCUAGUAUAUCCUGCCUUGCCGAAUACCAUACCAGAAACAAUUCCCGACAUCACAGCAUCGCAAAUAGUUGAGCCCGUAGAAGAUGCCACCACAGGGCUUGAUGGAAGGAGCGACGAGACAAUCCGGCAAAAGCAGCCUGCGGAAACCGCCCAUGAGGAUAUGUCAGUGGAACAAGACACUCCGCGACGCGCUCUUGCUCGGUUAGUGCGGUAUACCGGAUAUGAACCACGAGGACCAACUCCCUCACCCAUCACGUCAUUCGUGACUGAGAAGAAGACAGCUUCACCUGAACACGUACUUUCAGACGUCAUUCUCGCUGAGCCGUUGCAGACCGAGCUAUCGCAGGCCGAAGAAAGCCAGACUCAGCCCGCUUCAUACCUUGGGCACCGGCAUGAGAAUUCGCUGUACAAUCGCUCGUCUUAUCUUCAUAGCAACCUCUUGACUCCUGAUCCCAGCCAGCAGCUUCCAGAAGUCUCCCCCGCAUCGCCACAGCAAACAUUGGAUGAAAGUACUCUGCCAGCAACGCCCCAGCUUACUCAAAAGACUUCCGCAUUGUCAUUCAGCGAGGUUACGGAUCCCUUCAAGGUCGCAACACCGCCUGACAAACUAAAGCUCCAAGAAGCUGCCGUCCGCUUCUCAUUCGGUGGCCCUCCUACCAUCAGGCCACAAACGAAUCAGCAGCCGCACCCCAGCACGAGGGGUGAACCUCCCAGUUCCCCACCGCCGACCCAAGAAGAAGUUUCCAGCCAGUUCGCAUACACCUCAGGCUUGCACAAAGCUCCCGAACGGCCUACUAGCGCCUCCUACUCUAACGAGAUGCGACAGUCAGCCCCACCCUCAACCACCAGACCAAUUUCUCCGCCAUCGUAUAUCCGCCCACGCACCCACGGCCUUAGGACGAAACAGUCGUACUACACGCCCCUCGCCAGUCUGAGCAGCUCGCUGAACUACCCACCCUCAUCACAGGAUGCAGGUGUUGAUGUGCUCGCUCUCGUCAUCCGCGACACAUCGGCGCCGAAGCGCGCGGAGAGCGGCCCGAAGGACUGGCAAACUGUCCUCAGCAUCACGGAUCCGUCUCUCUUCAUUUGGAAGGCGGAGGAGGGCGGGAGCGGCGAGGUCGCGGAAAGGCAAGCAGCAACAGCAUCACCUACGAGGCGGAUCCAAGUUCAGAUCUUCCGCCCCUGGAAAUCCGCCCUGCCGCAAGCAGAAAAAGGCGAUGUGGUCCUGCUCCGCAACUUUGCUGUUAGGAGCCGCAAGGGCAAGGUCUUCUUGAUGAGCGGAGAGGCUUCUGCAUGGGUGGUGUGGCGGUUUGGUGCGAGGAGACCGGCUGAGGCGGCGCCACCGGGUGUUGCGUCGAAGUACGCGUGGACGAGGAAGGAGAGCGCUGAGAAGAGACUCGGGACGGAGGAAUGUAAGGGGCCGCCUGUUGAGGUUGGGGAUGAGGAGAGGGAUGAGGUGCAGCGGUUGAGGGAGUGGUGGAAGAGGGUUGAGGCGAUGCGGGUUGGACAGGCUGGGGGUGCCGAUGGGGAGGAGAGCCAGGGCGUCUAA